AUGACAGAUGAACCCAAGCAAGUUAACAAAGUGAAUGCUCUUUUGUCUCAUUUCCAAAUGUUUUAUGCAAAUCAACCUGUUGAAAAACCACUGCCUACAGUGCCCAUCAAGAACAACGGCAAGGCAUUAAACUCUCUGCUUAGUCUACCUAUGCAACGGUUCUACAACGCCAUGGAAGAAGAUCGUGAAACAAGGCGUAUCACCCUCAAUAUGAGUCAAGAUGAUACGGUGCAAGACAACAUGACAGCACCAGAGCACCGACCCAAGGCAAACAUGUUGGGCAUGUUGAUGCAUCAUAGCAUUCAAAAGGCUACUUGGACAGAGGAUCCAUUGAGAUUGUGUCUUGUUGAUUCAACAAUUCCACCUCAUUCAUCUCCUCAGCAGCAGCAGCAGCAGCAGCAGCAGCAGCAGCAGCAGCAGCAGCAGCUACAGGAAGAACACUGUGACCUUCAGUCCAUGAUGCCGUUCAGUCAGCAAGACACAUUGCCUUAUGCAUUCAAGCCAAAAUCAGCAUUGGUGUAUCAACAGCUCAUGUCGAAGCUUUACGUCGUGAUGGGCCAUAAUCAAUGGAUCAACAAUGCCAGUCCAACCGUUGCAGGCCAGCAGAAUGAGGAUGCCAACGACCAAGAGAAGGAAUUCAGCAAAGAGUAUCUUGAGCUUGCUUUUGAGCUACCCUACGCUACAGCUACAUGGACCCCACCUACGCCACCGCCCAAGGAAACCACCACCACGCCUGCGUGUCCGCCCCCCUUCAUAUUACCCGUGGAGGCCUAUAGCGACAUUUAUGAGUGGGAUCAUCAGGACACUGCCCAACCUUGGCUCCACGCACGAGAGGAAGAGUCUUACUAUGCGCAAUCACUCAUGACAUAUUCACCGCGUGCAUCCACAAGCGUGUACUAUUUCGAGGACGACGAACAACACCAACAACAAGAGGUAGCUGAAGAGUCUUGGGAAGCCAUAUUCCAUCCGCUCAGUACGUUCAAGCACAACAAGGGCGAACUUGAAUACUAUGCUUGGAAUUCUGUCAAUUUGCCUGUAGCGGCUGCUCUGGUAGCUCAACGUGUCACUCAUCCAACCUCGCAUUCUAUGGACGACAUGUCAGCCAUGCAUUUAACAAGCACAGUGAUUGAAGCUACCAUUCCUCAUAUCAUGCCUACCCCACCUUUGAAACCGUCGCCUGUCUUGACAAUCGUAUCAGCAGAAGACGAGCACGAGCUGGAAAAGAACAGCAGUGACCUUACUUUGGUCAACGAUGCUGCAUCCUCCUCAUGCGAGAAGCGGGUGGCAGAAGGGUACUACUACGACAUGCUUCAAAAGAUCCGUGGCAGUAAUGCCUCAUCACUGGACGAAAGUCGCUCCAUAUUGCAAUCCACUGGUGUUUCUGUGAUGGACGACAAUAAAGACACACAGCAACACACAGCCCAAGAUCUGCAGUCAUCCUUCAAGCGACACGCAUUAGCAGCUGCAUUGCUGCUCGGAAAACUGAAUCGCAGCAAAUCCGCUAGCCAAUCUAAUACUAUAAAGACACCCACAAAACCCACCUUAAUGAUAGAUCACAAUGUAUAUGCUAUGGAGGAUGAUAAGCCGGUUGAAUUGGCUGAUCCAGAGGCGCUUAUGAUGGAAAGACCUCGUUACUGGACUGAAAAGAGGCUUUUCUGGACUGGAUUUGUGUGUCCUCUCUUAUGGUAUUAUGGCAGUGUUCACAUUAGAGCUUCCAGUAGCACUCGUUUACUUGAUCCAAGCGAUUUACGCUGGCAAAAGAGAUGUCGUCUUGCAGCCUUGUAUUUCUCUAUCGUUUUGUCUGUGGUUAUCUUGGUUGCCUGUGUCAAGGCAGCUGGCAGUGCAGGUAUCAGACAAACACAAACAGAUACAAUUAGAGCAGUGAUUGCGGAUUAG